GGUGCAGGCGGCCGGACCCAACAUGGCGGAAGAGGAGGUGGCCAAGUUAGAGAAGCACUUAAUGCUUCUCCGCCAGGAGUAUGUAAAGCUGCAGAAGAAGCUAGCUGAUACAGAGAGGAGAUGUACUCUGUUGGCUGCCCAGUCUAACAAAGAGAAUGCCAGUGACUCGUUCAUCAGCCGACUUCUCACCAUUGUAGCUGAGCUUUACGAGCAGGAGCAAUAUAGUGAUCUGAAGAUAAAGGUUGGGGACAAGCACAUCAGAGCUCACAAAUUUGUGUUGGCAGCCCGCAGUGAGACUUGGAGUCUAGCCAACCUAGUGUCAACUGAGGAACUGGAUCUGUCAGAUGCUGAUCCUGAGGUGACUAUGGCAAUGCUGCGUUGGAUCUACACAGAUGAGCUAGAACUGAGAGAAGAUGAUGUAUUCUUGACAGAACUGAUGAAAUUAGCUAAUCGGUUUCAACUACAACUCCUCAGGGAAAGGUGUGAAAAAGGAGUCAUGUCACUAGUAAACGUCAGGAACUGCAUUCGUUUCUAUCAGACUGCGGAGGAGCUAAAUGCUAGCACUUUAUUGAACUACUGUGCUGAAAUAAUAGCUAGUCACUGGGAUGACUUGCGGAAAGAAGACUUCAGCAGUAUGAGUGCUCAGCUGUUGUAUAAAAUGUUCAAAUCCAAGACUGAAUAUCCUUUACAUAAAGCUAUUAAAGUGGAGAGAGAAGAUGUUGUUUUCCUGUAUCUUAUUGAAAUGGAUUCACAGCUGCCUGGGAAGCUCAAUGAACUGGAUCACAAUGGAGACCUUGCUUUAGAUUUAGCCCUCUCUCGAAGAUUGGAAAGUAUUGCAACAACAUUAGUCAAUUACAAAGCUGAUGUGGAUAUGGUGGACAACAAAGGCUGGAGUCUGUUACACAAAGCCAUCCAAAGAGGAGAUAAGUUUUCUGCCAAUUUUCUCAUUAAAAAUGGUGCCCGUGUGAAUGCUGCUACACUGGGAGACCAGGAGACUCCUCUACACCUUGUUGCAUCGUACAGCCCCAAGAAGCACUUGCCAGAUGUGAUGUCAGAGAUGGCACAGAUUGCAGAGUCCCUCUUACAGGCUGGAGCCAAUCCAAACAUGCAAGACUGCAAAGGAAGGACCCCAUUACAUGCAUCAAUUAUUGUUAGGAAUGAUCCUGUAUUCAGUCAGCUUCUCCAGUGCAAACAAUUAGACUUAGAAUUGAAGGAUCAUGAGGGAAGCACAGCUCUGUGGCUUGCAGUUCAGUAUAUCAAAGUGUCUUCUGACCUGUCCAUAAACCCUUUUGACGAUGUCCCUGUUGUAAAUGGAACCUCCUUUGAUGACAAUAGCUUUGCAGCAAGACUAAUCCAGCGAGGCAGCAAUACAGAUGCACCUGACACAGUAACAGGAAAUUGCUUAUUGCAGAGAGCAGCUGGAGCAGAAAAUGAGGCAGCUGCUCUCUUCCUGGCAACCCAUGGGGCAAAAGUGAACCAUAGAAACAAAUGGGGAGAAACUCCAUUGCAUACAUCUUGUCGGCAUGGCCUAUCAAACCUUACGGCAGAGCUUCUGCAACAAGGAGCCAAUCCUAAUAUCCAGACUGAAGAAGCAGUGCCUAGUCAGAAGGAUGCAUCCUCACCACCUGCAUCAGAGAAUGUGUAUCUGCAAACUCCCCUUCAUAUGGCUAUAGCAUAUAACCACCCUGAUGUGGUAUCAGUCAUACUGGAGCAGAAAGCUAAUGCCCUUCAUGCUACCAGCAACUUGCAAAUCAUUCCUGACUUCAGUCUCAAGGACUCCAGAGACCAGACCGUAUUGGGACUAGCAUUAUGGACUGGCAUGCACACCAUAGCAGCUCAGCUACUUGGGUCUGGUGCAUCCAUCAAUGACACCAUGUCAGACGGACAGACUCUGUUACAUAUGGCAAUACAGAGACAGGAUAGCAAGAGUGCUCUCUUCUUGCUGGAACAUCAAGCAGAUAUAAAUGUCAGAACUCAGGAUGGAGAGACUGCUCUUCAGCUAGCUAUAAAAAACCAGCUUCCGCUUGUGGUUGAUGCUAUUUGUACCAGAGGGGCAGACAUGUCCGUGCCAGAUGAGAAAGGGAAUCCUCCGCUAUGGCUUGCCCUGGAAAAUAAUUUGGAAGAUAUUGCAUCGACUCUGGUAAGACAUGGCUGUGAUGCAACUUGCUGGGGUCCAGGACCAGGUGGAUGCUUACAGACACUUCUGCACAGAUCUAUUGAUGAAAACAGUGAACAAAUAGCAUGCUUCCUUAUUCGCAGUGGUUGUGAUGUAAAUAGUCCUAGACAGCCAGGUGCUAAUGGAGAAGGAGAAGAGGAAGCUCGUGAUGGACAGACACCUCUGCAUUUGGCAGCUUGCUGGGGGCUGGAAGAGGUGGUACAGUGCCUUCUAGAGUUUGGUGCCAAUGUAAAUGCACAGGAUGCAGAGGGAAGAACUCCAAUCCAUGUUGCCAUUAGCAACCAGCAUAAUGUCAUCAUUCAGCUGAUGAUUUCACAUCCAGAAAUCCGAUUGAAUAUGCGUGACCGGCAGGGCAUGACUCCAUUUGCAUGUGCUAUGACCUACAAGAAUAACAAAGCCGCAGAGGCAAUCCUGAAGCGGGAGGCAGGAGCUGCUGAACAGGUGGAUAACAAAGGUCGGAACUUCCUCCACAUAGCUGUUCAGAACUCUGAUAUUGAGAGUGUGCUCUUCCUGAUCAGUGUCCAAGCUAAUGUGAAUUCUAGAGUCCAGGAUGCUUCUAAGCUAACACCUUUACAUCUAGCUGUACAAGCGGGCUCAGAAAUUAUUGUGCGCAAUCUGCUUCUUGCAGGUGCGAAGGUGAACGAGCUGACUAAGCACCGCCAGACUGCUCUCCACCUAGCUGCUCAGCAGGACCUGCCCACAAUUUGCUCUGUCCUUCUAGAGAAUGGAGUGGACUUUGCAGCUGUGGAUGAAAAUGGAAAUAAUGCUCUUCAUCUGGCAGUGAUGCAUGGUCGUCUAAACAAUAUCCGUAUCCUCCUGACAGAAUGUAAUGUGGAUGCUGAAGCCUUUAAUCUUCGAGGUCAGUCACCAAUGCACAUUCUGGGACAUUAUGGGAAAGAUAAUGCAGCAGCCAUCUGUGAGCUCUUCUUAGAAUGUAUGCCAGAAUAUCCUCUAGACAAACCUGAUGCUGAAGGAAACACAGUGCUUCUCUUGGCCUAUAUGAAGGGAAAUGCUAACUUGUGCCGUGCUAUAGUGAGAGCUGGGGCUCGUCUUGGGGUUAACAAUAACCAAGGAGUCAAUAUCUUCAACUACCAAGUUGCUACAAAACAGCUUCUCUUUAGACUUUUGGAUAUGCUGUCAAAAGAACCUCCCUGGUGUGAUGGCUCCAACUGCUAUGAAUGCACUGCCAAGUUUGGAGUCACAACAAGGAAGCAUCAUUGCCGCCACUGUGGACGUCUGCUCUGCCAUAGAUGCUCAACAAAGGAGAUUCCCAUCAUAAAAUUUGACUUAAACAAGCCUGUUCGAGUUUGCAACAUCUGCUUUGACGUCUUGACUCUGGGAGGAGUCUCCUAGUAUGUUGUGGGAGUAGGGGGAUUCUCGGUCAGUGCUCUUCAGACAGCAGCUCUGCUAGCAAGCCCUGUACGCAGGAAAGGGGAGGCCUAUACAUGUCUUCCUUUGGCAAUAGACUGAACUAAUUAAGGACCAUGUUAUGAUAUAUUCCAGUAUAAAUGAUUUUGUAUGACUAUAAGUAUGUUGGGCUGUGAUAGACUUCACUAGUAAAUGAAUUGGAGUGAUAAACCUGAAUUGAGAUAGACCCUCCUAGUUGCCACAGGCCUGGGAAUUAAAAUUGCAUUAGCCUGGUGUCCUGUGCUGAUAGGAAUAACAAACAGGUCUGUGCUUGCCCUGGUGGAUUGCAUUGAGCUACUCUAAAGUCUUGCCGUUUUCAGGCUAUUUAAGAAGAGAUGGCACUAAGUUUUUCAGGGGUAAAUAGUAACUUUGCAUUGUCUUCAAAGAUGAGUGUUCCCUUUCUCCAUAGAAGGCUCUUUUUAUAAAACUGGAUUCUGCUGUGACAGCCAUGACCUACUUUGAGUUAAAUCUUUAAACAGGGUUUAAAGGGGCAUAGCUGAAGAAUCGUGGCCUUACAAGAGAGAGCUUUCCAAUAUCUCUGAUUAUAAAGGACUCAGAAUUGCAGUUCCACAUAUUGAUACCUCCUGAGUAAAUGUCUCAUUAGCUCCAGCAUGUUCAAGAGGAUUUGCAGGCUCCUUUUAAUUGGCAGACAUUCUUCAUGGCUGCUAGAACGGAUGAAGUCCACACUUUUGUUGUACUAUUUGCAUCAGUGGUCUUUCUGGCUUGAAAACAAUUCUUGUGUAACUUAAGUGCUCCAAGAACAGACCUAAGCUUACACUAAUUGAAGAAGAAACACUAAAGGAAAACAGAUUGGGUAGUUGUACUUGGAGCAAAGGAAUACUGGGCUGGAGCUGCAGUUAUGAAUCCUACGAGAUGCUAGUUACUAGUAGCAGUUUUCUUGGAUCUAAAGACUAUGGGUUAAUCAGUGCACGACGGAACCAGCAACUCCACUGAGAUAAAGCUGCUUCUGCACUUCUAGACUGUCAGAACAGGUCUCCAAAUCCAGCAGAAUGGCCAGUUAUUGGCAGUAUUUGGAGGUUCAGUAUCAAAUGUUAGGCAGUUGGUUGGGGGUUGUAGGAAGGAGUUCUGACUGCACUGUGAAACAGCCUGGUGUCAAACCUUUGCACACUAUAAUGGCAAUCGGGUUUUUUCUGGCCUGGCUGUGGUCCCUCUUAAAUAUGCUGAACCUAUGAAACAAUGACACAGGUCCCCCCCACCCCCAAAGUAGCCCAUAAAUCACUUAGCUGCUAGUAAGCACUUACUCUGGUGAACUGGCUGUUGUAUGAUAGGCAAAAGUGUCAGUUUAAUGUGUACUUGCCUUGUUAGUUUUUUAGCCCUGGGAGAUAAAUGUAGACCAGACUACAUGCAGCAUUCCCCAUCUCUGCUCCACGAACAAAUCAGUUGUGUAUAUAUUUUUUAGUAUUCAUUAACCACUACUAUGUGAUACAGUGCGUGCAAUAGGGGUGCAGAUAUUCAUAACUUUAAUUUCCUGGUCUUCUGGAAUAGUGACAUGUCCAGUAUCUAUUGCCUAUAUAUGUAAAAUGAGCCGAUAAACCAGAGUGCUACUUUUUUUAUAUUUCUGUGAUUUAUAGGAUAUUUGCUUUAUGCUAGGCAAAAUUGGGCUUGUGCAGUAAAAUAAAGACCUAACACCCAUCUAGUGCAUUUCAGAUGGAAUCUUAGUUCACUGAUCGGUUUUCCAACAUAUGUUGGUGCAAAAACUGGAACCCUGAACUUAAUAACACUAGAGUGAAAUAAUGGACCAACUUUGUUUUCAUUCUCUAUCAGUGCAAAUCAUGUUGGUUGUUUUUCCAAUAAAGGACAAAUACUGCCACUUUCUUAAAAGGUGGUAUUCUUUAAUAUAAACAGUAUAUCUAACUUUGAAUAUCAACUUGCAGCAGACUUGUUCUGAGACACUUGAGAAGCUGGCAUGAAUGAGUCUCAAAAGCACUUAAUUACAAAGCAUGACAGUUUAAAUGAUCAAAAGAAAUCCUGGACAAUCUAAGAAUAAUCAUGUAUCACUUCUGAUUGUUUUAAAAUGUCAGUAACUCAUCAAGGGUUUGCAUAAGUUAAAUUCCCAUUUACCAUGUUAAAAUUGCAAAUGGAUAAAGUAUCAGUUCAAAGAAAUGAUUGUCUUGUCAGUUUAACUGGUUGACUAACCACAUCCAGUGAUCAAGUGUAACUUUUCACAUUUGCUUGCUGUCUUUUCCACUUAAAACCUGUCAAGAGGAGGAAAGAUGCAGCACUAGAGGAUAGGAGUGGUUAUUCCAAAGUCAUUUGCAUAGUGAUUCAUAAAUGGACUUUGUUAAGAAGUUGACAAGACUUGAUCUGUCGAGUGCUUUACAGCAAUUAGUCUCAAAAGGAUUAGAAUAUUUGACUUGUCGAAUUGAGUUAUUUGGCCCCUUACCAUUAUCAAUAGGCUUGCUUUUAAAGUCCAGUAAGGCAGAUCUGACUUCCAGUUUUACUUCAAUUUGGGAAGGCCUCUGGGAUGUGCUUGGCAGUCUUUACAGUAGAUCCAGAGCAGGUUCAGUUUCUCAUACUAGCCUACUCUUACAUGUUGCAAACUCACUUUCGAGGGGUGGGAUAGAAAUUAAUGAUGGCUUUAAAAAUGCAACAAUCCUAAAUCCUCUGGUAAAUCCUACCUAGCACUUUUAAAGUACACCAGCAUUUGUUUUGAAACUGUCAUCUCUGCCUCACUGGAAUUUAAAGGCAGCUAUGAGUAUGAAUAGCCCUUCCAUGUACAACCUGAAAUGUGCAUCUGAGAU